AUAACAAUUCGCGUCUGGUAACUCUGGGACUGGGUUUGGCUUCAAUGAUUUUGAUUGACAUUUGUUUGUCGUUAAAUUUUAGUUUCUUGAUUAGUUGGUGGUGAUCUAAAGAAAAAUAGUUUCUAACUUCAGCAUUCAUUUGUUUUGCUUAAGUAAUAACAUUCAUAACAUUCUCAAUUAUGAUUGGAAAACUGGUACUUUUAUUGACUAUUUAUUUGUUACCGACUGUGUUCUGCGUUAGGUGUUACCAAUGUGCAUCGUCCCAAGAUAACAAAGGAGAAGACACCUGCGGUGCUUAUAAGAAAUUUGACAGAGACAGUCAUAUAGCAGUGGAGUGUAACAGUGAUGAAUCUCAUAUGCCUGGCUCGUUUUGUAUGAAAUUGACACAACAAGGACCGAAGGGAUUUAUAUGGGAUGGUAGAUGGCGUCAAGUGAUCAGAAGAUGUGCUUCUGUUGCUGAUACUGGUGUGACUGGGGUCUGUAACUGGGGUGUUUAUCCUAAUGGAGUAUACUGGGAGGAAUGUUAUUGUUCCUCGGAUGAAUGUAAUCAUUCAUCAUACCUGAAAGAAUCUCUAACACUCAUAUUCAGUACUCUUGCAGUAGUAAUUUAUUUACAUAAAGUUUUAUAAAACAUUGUUGAGUGUCAAUUAUGUUUGUGUUAGAUUCUUUUUGAAUCCAAGUAAUAUGAAUCUCGCCAAAAGGAUACUAUAGUGCCUUCUUUGUUACCCAAAAUGCAUAAAAUAUUUUGGAGUUUUUCUUUAGAUCAAAUGAUAAUAUUGAAUUGGCGAUUAUGAUGUAAAUUCACUCAAAAGUGAAACAUAGUGAAAACAUACAUAUCUGCAAAUUAUGAUGAAAUUAAAAUUUAGAUCAAAUUGAAAUCACAUUUAAUAGACUACAAAUAACAACAUAUUGAUGUUUAUUUCAUGUGUUUUUGCUUAUAGAUCUCUAUAGAAAAGGAAUAUAUAGGAAUAAAUUGAAGACUUGCCAGAAUAGAUUCUGGCAAGUCUUCAAUUUCAAGAAUUGCCUUUAAAAUCUGAAUAAACCAGAUUAAUAGUCUAACACAUAAGUAUGUCUUAACUUUAUACCAGCAACAAAUUGUUUUAAACAAAUAUUGUCACCAAGUUCAAAAGUUUAGGAUACUCUUAUGUUAUGUUAAUGUACAAUUAACAUAGUAUUGUUAAGUUAUAUGUAUAAAUAUGACAUAUAAAUAUAUAAUAUAUUUGUAACCUAUAACAUUUCUUUAUCUUUUAUGAACAGAUUUUUUUUCUAAACAAUAUUUCUUACAACUUUAGUUUGUAAUACAUCUUUGUAUUAUUUCAAGUAAUUCCUCUGACUGCCAAUUAGAAUCUCAUACAUUUCCGUUAAAUAAUUAUCUAUAGUAUGUUAAAAAAUAGCUGCCUCAUUAUAUUUAAACACUUUUAACCUAAUUGAGGAUAUUUAAGUGAUGUCUGUUGUUUAGAUACUAAAUGGUUGAAGCCUUGUUUUUUCUUUUAAUUUAUAUACUAAUGAUAUUUGAUAAUUUAAAAUAAAAUUGCAUGUUGUUAAUAUAUAAAAAUUUCCAAUUUAUUUAACUUUUCCUGUAAGGAAAUUAUAAACAACACAAUACAUAUAGUAUAAAAAAUACAUAUUUACCUUUUACGACAUUCUGAGAAGGAAAACCAGUGAUUACUGACACAUUAUUACUCUUGCCACCAUGUUAUAAUUGAUGAAUUGUAAUAUAUGAUAAGGAAUAAGUCUGUGAGGUUCUUUAUAAAAUUUUACCAUUUAGCAUCUAAAUCACAGGUAUAGAACUGAACAGUUAUGAACUGAUAAGCAAUAAAUUGCGUGUAAUAAAUUAUAUAAUAAAAUGGCAUUGCAAUCCAUUCCAAUAAUCUAUUACUAAUAUAAAGGACUGUUUUGUAUAAUAGCUUAUAAUAUUAAGAUUUAUUAAAACGCCCAUUUUAGUCAUAAGUGUUAAGAAAAACAAAUUGAAUAUGUUAAUAUAAAACAUAUCAUUUUUAUAAUAAAAAUAUUUUAUUUCCUUUUUAAACUUAUCAAUAUGGAGCAUUUUUUUUUUUAUAUCUAAGUAAGGAUUAUUAUACAAAAAAAGACAGAGUCACUACAUAAAUAGUGGCCAGUGAAAGUAAUUUUAUUAAAAACAGUGAUUAAUUUGUAAAUGUAACCAAUAUUGUUGAAUCAAUUAUGUCUUGAGUAAUUUAAACUAUAAAUUUAUAUAUUUUUUUUAGAUUUUCAUAUUAUAUGUUAAUGUUUUUCAAUCAAUUUAUGUAGUAAAAAUAGACAUUGUAAUUAAAAAUAGGGAUUAAUUUAAUACAAAUAUUGCUUAUAGCAAGGGUAAAUAAAUGAAUCUCGUGAUUGUAACAGAUCCGUCCAUAAAACGAUAUAAAUACCUAGGUAUAGAAAUUUACUAAAAUAUACAUAAUAUACAAUAAUUUUGU